AUGACAACGUCGCUGGUUGUUCCACAGCGACCCCGACUCCGACCCCGGACUUGCCAGUUAACGCACCGAUACUGCGUAUCUGUAUGGAGAGCUUGUAUACAACCGGCCCACGAAAGCAUCUCGUCCCGGCCAGACCCCAGAAAAGAUGAAUUUGGCCAGGAGAACGACCAGGCCGGAACACUAACCAAUCGAUCACCCACAGUUCCAUUCGCCUUGCGCGCGGCAUUGAGGCGAUCUCAUAACCAGCCAACCCCGCAGCUGUCAACGGCCUUCAACGCCCUCACCCGCCACACGUUUCCAGGCUUUGCCGCAUCCAUCCACACAUCAUCUCCCCGAUCAAUUUCAGGAGCCAUGUCCCCAUCUGCUGUCAGUAACACGAGCAAUGGCACUGCUGGUGCCCCUAAGCAGAAUGCUUGGGCUGGUCAUCUUGGGGCCGCUGGCUUCGACCUAAGAAGCGAUACUAUGACCACUCCAACGGCUUCGAUGCUUGCUGCCAUUCAAAAUUGCAGUUUGCUAGACGAUGUUUUCGUGGAAGACCCCACAACGAUGGAACUCGAAUCUCACGUCGCAGCUCUUGCUGGCAAGGAGGCCGCUCUCUUGGUUCUCUCCGGGACCAUGGGGAACCAAGUAGCGCUCCGAGCCCUCCUCACGCAACCUCCAUACAGCGUCUUGAGUGACCAUCGUUCACAUAUUAUCAAGUAUGAGGCUGGCGGCGUUGCUUCGCUUUGUGGCGCCAUGAUACAGCCCGUGGUACCACGUAAUGGAGCCUACCUGACACUAGAGGACAUUGAGGCCCAUGCUGCUCUCGAUGACGAUGUCCAUACCUGUCCUACCAGGGUCAUAAGCUUGGAAAACACCCUCGGCGGCGUGGUGACCCCCCUGGCCGAGGUCAAGAGGAUCGUAGAGUUUGCACGGAAGAACAACCUCAAGCUUCAUUGCGAUGGGGCCAGAAUGUGGGAGGCUGUUGCCUCUGGAGCCGGUAGUCUCUCCGAAUACUGCUCACUAUUCGACACGGUCAGCUUGUGCUUCUCAAAGGGUCUCGGUGCUCCGAUUGGAAGCAUCGUUGUGGGCGACGCAGCGCAAAUCAAGCACGCCCGCUGGGUGCGCAAGUCUAUCGGCGGUGGUCUCCGGCAGUCUGGAGUGGUGGCAGCUCCUGCUAGGAUUGCCGUUGACGAGACGUUCGGAAAGGGGCCCAAUGGCGAGGGUGGUCUUUUGAAGUCGUCUCAUGAGACCGCAAAGAGAAUCGGGGAACUCUGGACUAGUCUCGGUGGCAAGCUUACCCUUCCGGUCGACACCAACAUGUGCUGGCUUGAUUUAGAUGCUGCUGGGUGCAGCACCCAGGAUUUCAUCGCGUUUGGGGCGGAAUUGGGACUGAAGCUCAUUGGCAACAGAUUGGUUAUCCAUUAUCAAAUUGCCCAGAACCAAGACAGGGUUCUGCCUAAGCUAGAGCAAGUCUUUCGGCGAGCUCUGGAGGGCGGUAGUCAGACAACAGGAGGGGAGAAGGGCCCAACGAACAUGUACCAGCCGCCUUCGGCCUUCGUGUCAGUUGACUAUGACCCGAUUGCCAAGUCAAUCAUUGUGAAAGACAGGGCAACCGUCCAAAAUAUUAUGUAUGGCGAGCAAAACCAGACAUCAAGCUUGAGCCACUUGGCAUAUGUCAUUCUCAUGAAUAAACAUUUCCUACGCGCCGUCGGCCUUGACACGAGAACUCCGUUGCCGAUUGCAGGUUCUGAAAGAGGUGUAUACACAUUCAAGUGCGCUUUGCAGGCGUUUUACCUACAUAUUGAUAGGGAGUUGGAAUACGACAGCCCCAGUGGUCCGAGUGGUUGUCGUAAAUCAACUUGUGGGAGUUUCAAGACCGAUGGGAACGGGAUUUCCUACGAUUACACGUCAACAGAUGUAACAAAAUAUUGGGUUUCUCCCACACCACCUGAGAAUCUCGCUUUCGCUCCUCUCCAGGCACAAAAGCUACACAAGGAGCAUCACUCGCACAUCGCCUGCGCCUCCGUGUCUCGACGAUGGGCAGACAGCAGGAGAAGAAGAAAGAACAUGCAAACGCGGAAUAUUGAAGACCUCGAGGGUUACUCCAACGCCGCUGACAUAGUUGUGUGGACAAACGUACAGGUGGUAGGUAUCUGUAUUCGAAUGCAUCAAGACAACGUUCGGAGCAAUUUCCGGAGGAGUGUGGGGAAAGCUGUAUCCGGGACCGCCGAGCUUCUCCGCAGAGCCCGGCUCAUUUGUCCAAUAACAAUUACCGCAUGGUCUGGCGAGCACCGAACAAAGCCUUUAAUACCCCGCCAAACAGGCAUUCUUACCGCAAUUCCCAAGACAAGACUAAUACCAAGUUCGCAAGAUCCCACGGUCAUCCUUGCUGACGUCACAAUACCUCCUGGUGGCACAUCAUGCCCAUGGACGUUUAUGGAGCUAGAAGCUUCUCCCAGAGCUGAGAGGAAACAAAACAGGCGGCCAAUCGGUGCUAUGACGCUCGUACCGCGGCUCUACCACGGCUCCCCAAAGGACUGGAUCAUGCGGGGAAAGCUGCACGUCGUCUGCAAGCAGGACCGGCGAAGCCAGCCAGCCAGCCAGCUUCAUUUCUCGUUGCGUGUUGUGGCGUCCAACGUGUCGUCUGCCAUGCCGCGAACCCAAGAUGCCUGCGAUGGCGCAGAAUUGACUCGGACCCAGCAUAUUCCAAGCCCAACGGCGCCGAACAACGGUAACCUUCUGCUCGGCCGCCCACGUAAACCCGCAGGAAACGAAGGAGUUUUCAUAAUUGUGUUGGUCAUUAUGUCUAACAUCCUGGGAAAGCCUACUUACAUACAUUUGGGUUCACUGCCCCCUGCUACCGGCCCGGGUCUGCCCUGGCCUUGCUGCGGUACUUGCCCAUCUCAGGCGACCGACGAUCCCUCCUGGCGACGAACCCGUCCAAGCUUCCCCUCCCGACCUAAGGCAAGUGAAGCUACAGCCGAUCCUGCUCCUCCGAGAGCUCAAUUGAACGCCAUGGUCAACUUUGCGCUGGCCCUCGCAGCUGUAGCUGUCUUGCCUCGGACAGCUCAGGCUUUGUAUGAGAAUGGGUCUGUUGUCGCUCCUUGCGACUCGCCCAUUUACUGCCAUGGCGACAUCUUGAAAGAAGUUGAACUGGCAAGACCGUUCUCAGACUCCAAGACAUUUGUAGACAUGCCUGCAAUCAAGUCCCUGGAAGAGAUACAAGCAGCAUUCAACAAUCUGUCGAAACCUUUGAGUAAUAAUACUGCACUCAAUGACUUCCUACGCGCCAAUUUCGCCGCAGCAGGUGGUGAACUCAAGGAAGUACCCAAGGACCAAUUGAAGACGGACCCAAAGUUUCUCGACAAGAUCAACGAUACAGUGAUCAAGGAAUUCUCUCAGAAGGUCAUUGCCAUCUGGCCGGACUUGACCCGCACCUACGCUGGCUCUGCAAGCAACUGCACAACAUGUCCAAACAGCUUCAUCCCAGUCAACCACACCUUUGUGGUUGCCGGAGGCCGAUUCCGCGAGCCUUACUAUUGGGACUCUUUCUGGAUUCUUGAGGGUCUCUUACGCACGGGUGGCGCUUUCACUGAGAUCUCCAAGAAUGUUAUCGAAAACUUCUUGGAUCUCGUGGAAAAACUCGGAUUUGUGCCCAAUGGCGCUCGAAUCUACUAUCUGAACCGUUCACAGCCGCCAUUGCUGGCACAGAUGGUGCGCCUCUAUGUCGAGUAUACAAGCGACCGGAGCAUACUAGAACGCGCAAUCCCUCUCCUCAUCAAGGAGCAUGAAUUCUGGACGACAAACAGAACUGUUGAAGUCAACAAAAACGGGACUACAUACACUCUGAAUCAAUACAACGUCACCAACACACAGCCAAGACCCGAAUCAUACAGAGAAGACUACGUCACUGCUUCGAACGCUUCCUACUACUCAACCAACGGAAUCAUUUACCCCGAGGUCGAGAAAUUGAACGACACCGAAAAGGCCCGUGUGUAUGCCAAUCUUGCGUCCGGUGCAGAGAGUGGCUGGGACUACAGCUCACGAUGGCUUUCUCGACCUGCAGAUGCGGCGAGGGACGUCUACUUCCCUCUCCGAUCUCUCAACGUUCUGGAGACUGUCCCUGUGGAGCUGAACUCUAUCUUGUACUGGAAUGAGAUGACCAUUGCUGCGCUACUCAACUCCACAAACAACGGCACGGGAGCAGUGGCUUGGACUGAACUUGCCACCAAACGAAGUCAAGCUAUGUACGAUUUGAUGUGGAACUCGACCCUUUCAAGCUACUUUGACUACAACGUGACAUCAGGAGGGCAGAAUAUCUACAUUCCGAAAGAUGAUGAUGCCAGCACUCUUGAAACGAACACCGCCGAAGCAGAACAACAAGUUCUCUUUUCGGUUUCCCAAUUCUACCCGUUCUGGACAGGAGCGGCACCCUCUCACCUCAAGAAUAACCCUUACGCGGUAAAGCAAGCCUACCAGCGUGUUGAGAAGUAUCUAGACAUCAAGAAGGGCGGUAUCCCCGCCACAAACCUCAAGACAGGUCAACAGUGGGAUCAGCCCAACGUCUGGCCGCCCUUGAUGCACGUUCUUAUGGAAGGUCUCCGCAGGACACCUGCCACCUUUGGAGAGUCGGAUCCCGCCUGGCGUGAUGUCCAGAGUCUCGCCCUCCGCCUCGGGCAACGGUACCUGGACUCUACCUUUUGCACGUGGUACGCUACGGGGGGUUCAACCAGCGAGACUCCUCAGCUCCAGGGCUUGACCGCCCAGAGCGUCGGAACCAUGUUUGAGAAGUACGGCGAUAACUCAACCAACGUUGCGGGUGGUGGUGGAGAAUAUGAAGUGGUUGAAGGAUUCGGCUGGACGAACGGUGUUCUCCUUUGGGCCGUUGAUGUGUUUGGAAAUGACUUGAAGCGGCCCGACUGCGGGAACAUCACCGCAGCCAACGUGCAUCCCGCUAAGAGAAGUUUGCCUCAACGCGCGGUAGAAUUAGAUUCCUACGAUGCUUCAUGGAUCAAGAAGUUUGUGUAUCGCGAUAGUAUCACAGUGUUGAGGCUGUCCAAAUGGGGAUGCCGUGCUCUCUACCUGGCGUUGACGCAACCAAAUGUGCCCGAGCUUGAGACUUUUACCGAAAUAAGAGUUGAAGCUGCUCUCACACAUGGAGCUGGCUUGCUUGUUAUGAUGGGCCAGCUCUUGCCAGAUGGUGCUUGCCAGCUGCCGCCGCGGGCACACUCCAAAGCCGAGAGCACCGGCCAACACCAUUUUUUGAGCUCCGCCAGACGAACCGUGACGUUGAAUACUGAUCUGACAAAGCUCCACCAUCUGCUUUCCUAUUCCGAAGCUCCAGCAACCCACAGUCAAUCGACCGCAAAACAGCACCGAUCGAAGCUCCCUUGCCUCGAGCUGAAUACCCAUCGAACCGACGCGCCGCGCCCACGCUCGAACUUAACCAUGUCUGGAGGAAGAAAUCCCAUGGAGGAGGCCUACGAGCGCUUCAGGGCCGUCGCUCAACAGCAGCAGAAGCGCGGCGGCUUCGGCGGUGGCGGCAUGCCCGGCGGCCCUCGCGGCGCUGGCAUGGGACUUGCCGGUCUGGUUCUUUUGGGAGGUGCUGCCUUCGUGGCCCAGAAUGCGCUAUUCAACGUCGAUGGUGGUCACAGAGCGAUCAAGUACCGGAGGACAACGGGUGUGAGCAAGGAGAUCUACAGCGAAGGAGGCACCGUUCCCCUUGAUAUUGGUAAUGAAAAUGUGCUGACAGUUUUUCUCUUCUCAGGAACCCACUUGAUCAUCCCCUGGUUCGAGACCCCCGUCACCUACGAUGUUCGCGCGAAGCCCAGAAACGUCGCCUCUCUCACCGGAACCAAGGACUUACAGAUGGUCAACAUCACCUGCCGUGUUCUUUCCAGGCCUGAUGUUAAGGCCCUGCCUCAGAUCUACCGCACUCUCGGCACAGACUACGACGAGAGAGUGCUUCCAUCCAUCGUCAAUGAGGUUCUGAAGAGCGUUGUUGCUCAAUUCAACGCUUCCCAACUCAUUACCCAGAGAGAGAUGGUUGCCAAGUUGGUUCGCGAGAACCUCUCCCGCCGUGCUGCACGGUUUAAUAUUCUGCUGGACGAUGUGUCCCUGACGCACCUUGCCUUUUCCCCGGAAUUCACAGCUGCCGUUGAGGCGAAGCAGGUUGCCCAGCAAGAAGCUCAGCGCGCGGCGUUCGUUGUCGACAAGGCUCGCCAGGAGAAGCAGGCCAUGGUUGUCAAGGCCCAGGGUGAGGCUCGCUCUGCUGAGCUGAUUGGAGAUGCCAUCAAGAAGAGCAAGGCCUACGUCGAGCUGAAGAAGAUUGAGAACGCGCGCGCCAUUGCUCAACAGAUGCAGGAGUCCGGCAGCAAGAACCCGAGAAGAAAUAAGGCAUCGGCAUUUGGGCGCGAAUUCUCCACACUGUACUCUUACAACAUCGAAAACUGGCAUGGACUUGAGGCUCGAAAGGGUUGGUGGAAAAUCAAUCCAUGUACAACAAACAGAACCGCUUCAGUAAUUCUGCAAGCUUGCUACGUUUGGGAUUGUCUUUCGUAUGUUGAAGUACUUUCUUCGACAGCCGUCGAUCUAUUUGCAGCACAGGCCGUCGGAACUGGUGGAUGCCUGCACAGCUUUAAGACGUGCCUGGGGUGGGCCCGGGCAUCUCAGAGGUCCCCCUCCCCUGCUCAGCUUACAGAAGGGCCCCUCCCCCACCACGACUUCCUGCCUGCGGAUAGCUCGAGACUAAUCGUACAACCGUCACAUCCUCAACCAACAAACCGCACGACCCCGCCAAGUCGAAUUCGAAUACCACAUAGCCUCGCAUUUUCUACCUCCCCUCGAAACCAAAACCAAGCCCAUAUAUUGUUGUCGCCAUUUCACACACGCAACAAUGUUAAUCAAGUAUGCGCAUCUCUGUCCUCCGGACCUCUGGAGGCGGUGACCCGACUGGUGCGAACGCUUACCGGCAAGGAGAUUGAGCUGGACAUCGAGAACGAAUACAAGGCGCGUACCCAUCCGAUGCAUUGCCCACCGAAUACAACGGACGGAGACAGAGAGGUCUCUCAGAUCAAGGAGAAGGUUGAGGAGAAGGAAGGCAUCCCGCCCGUGCAGCAAAGACUCAUCUACGGUGGAAAGCAAAUGGUCGACGACAAGUCCGCAUCUGAAUAUGGCCUCGAGGCUGGCGCUACAUUGCAUUUGGUUCUCGCCCUUCGAGGUGGAAACUAG